AUGGUUGGUGCAACCUCCAUAUCCAUGCAUCCUGACACAGCUAAAAUCCUGCUUCUUUUCGAAACCAAACACCACUCCUCUCUCUCUCUCUCCCUCUCCCUCUCCCUCUCUCUCUCUCUCUCUCUCUCUCUCUCUCUCUCUCUCUCUCUCUCUCACACACACACACGAGCAAAGAAAGAACCUAGCUACGGCCAACAAUCAAUGGCAUCUUGCUUCCAACAACCGGACGUCAACGACGACACAACGAUUCUCUUUUCAACUUCUUCGGAUUCACCCGAAGUAGAAUCCUAUACAUUAAGCCCCCCUUCUUCCUCUUCAACUUUCCAGCUCUACCGCUUUCCACCACAAACAGUAGCUCACCAAUAUUCCUCCAAAACAGCAGCCUACACAGUAAGUGUGAGAAAUCUCUCCUACACUAUCCACCAAAGCAGCUGGCCCUGGAAUAAGAACCCUAAUGAGCCCAAGCCCCCCAUUAUCAACAUACUGAAAUCAGUUUCUUUCGUCGCGAGAAGCUCCGAAAUCCUUGCUGUUGUCGGUCCAAGCGGCACCGGAAAAUCUACUCUGCUACGUAUUAUAUCCGGACGGGUACGAGACCAAGAUUUUGAUCGAAAGAGCAUCUCACUCAACGGUUGUGCAGUAACUAGUCCAACUCAGUUGAAAAAGAAAUGCGGGUUCGUGGCGCAAGAGGAUGAUUUGCUUCCCCUGCUGACAGUGAAGGAAACAUUGAUGUUCAGUGCCAAGUUCAGGCUAAAAGAAAUGACUUCUCAGGAGAGAGAAGAGAGAGUUGAAAUCUUGAUGCAAGAACUCGGGCUUGCCCAUGUUGCAGAUAGCUUUGUAGGAGAUCGCGAAGAAGAAGACCGGAAUCAUAUCAGAGGGAGAAUAUCUGGAGGAGAGAGGAAAAGGGUAUCGAUAGGAGUUGAUAUGAUUCAUGACCCCCCAAUCUUGCUACUCGACGAGCCAACCUCCGGCCUUGACAGCACCUCAGCUCUCCAAGUCAUGGAGCUCCUUUCGUCCAUGGCGAUUUUAAAGCAAAGAACAAUACUUGUAUCUAUCCACCAACCAAGCUACAGAAUUCUUCAGUACGUCACCAACUUGCUGAUCCUCUCCCGCGGCUCUGUUGUCCAUAACGGUAGCCUUGAAUCGCUCGAGGAUGCCAUAGUAAACAAACUGGGGUUGAAAAUCCCAGUCCAACUCAAUGCUCUUGAGUUUAGUAUGGAAAUCAUCUCUACACUGGAAGAAGAUCAGUAUGCAAGUUCGAAAGCACGUUACGAUCUUUCAGACAAUGACAGAGAAAAAGAAAACGCAGAAGCAGAACUGAUGCAGGCCAACUACUUGAUGUGCCAAUUAGAAAGUAAAUCUGCAGAAAAACCACAAUCGCUUAAUUCUUUGUUCGAAAUAUUGGUUCUCUGUGAAAGAUUUUGGAAGGUAAUAUACAGAACAAAGCAGCUGUUGUUGGCGAGGACGAUGCAAGCUCUUGUUGGAGGGUUUGGAUUGGGAAGUGUAUACAUAAAGGUGAGGAACAAUGAUGGAGGAGGAGGAGGGGUCGCGGAACGAUUAGGUUUAUUUGCUUUCAGUCUUAGUUUUCUCCUCUCAUCGACUGUCGAAGCCCUACCGAUAUACCUUCAAGAGAGACGGGUGCUAAUGAAGGAAGCCUCGAGGGGAGCGUACAGGGUUUCCUCAUACAUGAUAGCCAACACCAUUGUGUUUCUUCCCUUCUUGUUUUCGGUGGCGAUUCUGUUCUCUGUCCCUGUCUACUGGCUAGUCGGCCUAAAUCCUUCCUUCCUUGCUUUCGCCUUUUUCACGUUCGUUGUUUGGUUGAUCGUGCUCAUGGCUAGCUCACUGGUACUCUUUCUGAGCGCCGUGUCUCCAGAUUUCAUCUCCGGGAAUUCGCUCAUUUGCACCGUGCUUGGAGCCUUUUUUCUCUUCUCGGGCUAUUUCAUCCCCAAGGAGUGCGUCCCAAAGUACUGGAUAUUCAUGUACUAUGUUUCUCUUUAUCGGUACCCUUUGGAUUCGCUACUCGUAAACGAGUAUUGGAGUGUGAGAGGGGACUGUUUGGUCUACCAGCAGCAGCAGCACUACUGUUUGCUAACUGGGAAUGAUGUUUUGAAGAGUAGAGGGCUUGAGAAAGAUACCAGGUGGUUGAAUGUUGCGAUUAUGGUUGGGUUUUUCGUGUUUUAUCGGGUUCUUUGCUGGAUCAUUCUUGUUCGAAGGGUUUCUAAAACAACAAUAUAGACAUGUAAACGUAUUAUCAUAUAUUUGUGCAUCAUUUAACUUUGUAUUGAUAGGAAGAAGAUUUGGUAGAAACUAAAUUAGCAGACAACAAUACAUUUUACAUAUGUUCUUCUGGUGUAUAUUUCUCCCCUCUGGAAGUUGAAUGCACGCUUGGCCUUUU